AUGGCUGCCAAAAGGAAGAAGAAGUCAACUGUGGCCCCAACUAAAGCUCCAAGGCGGGAAGAACCUCACAUUGUCUUCCCAGCCAGCAUGAAAGGCUCGAAGCCUAAGGCCCCCUCAGUGGCUUCAGAACAGAAGAGAACCAAGGCAGCUGAAGCCGACGCUAGAAAACGCAAACUCAAGAACACCAUUGAUAAUGCACCUCCCACCAAGAAGAGAAAGACCAAGAAGAGAGAUCAGGCUGCUCCCAAAGAGCCCCUUGUUGUCGAGCCCAUUUCUUUUGCUCAUCCUACAACUGAAAAUCAAGAGCAUGAUGAAGUCCUUCCUCAAAUUGAGCGCCCAACGGUAUCAUCGCUUGUUCUCACGAACAGCGAGCUCAUCAGCAUUGGUCGUCCCUUGACGCCAAUCUCCCAGGAUGCCUCAUGGGCUGAUCGCCCCCAACCAGCAACUCCAAGCCAGGACUCACCAAGUACACCCCGUCCUUCACCUGCGCCAGUCAUUAGCCAAAUCGCGAAUGACGACAACUACAUGGAGACUACACCGUCACCAAAAGCGUCGCCCGUGUUCCAACGGCUUCGCAAAGGCCUAAGGCCAUCCGUCUCCAUGACAACCAUCACAGAAGAAGACUCCAACCAGUCCAGCUCAGUGGCACGUCAAGUGUUCCCUGAAGAUAAUCCUUCUGUGACGGUUCCAAUGUCUGAAGCUCAUGCUUCUGAAGACAAUCCGGCUGCAUCAACCGAUGAAAGACAAGGAGAAGAAGAGCAUGUCGCUACUCCCCCUACCACCCAAGAAGUUGUUCUCGAAGAGAACGUGUCUGUGCCCGACCCUCCAGCGACUCAAGUGGAGGUUGAGAAUCCUGAGGCGGCCACCAAUAACAAUACUGAAGCCAAUGACGUUGUCAUGGCUGAAGACAAUGUGGAGCCUGCAAUGAACACUGUGCCUAAAGCCAAUGAUGCACCUGCAACAAAUGAGCAGCCAGACGCACCUACGAAUGCCACUGCUCCUGUUCCGCCUCCAAGGCCACACACAAUUGAGUAA